UUGUUAGGUGAUUUCACAAUUUCCUUUUUGAUAUCAAAUCAUUGUAUAUAAUCAUUGUAAUUCAAUUCAAUUCAAUUUUAUUUUAUGAAUGGCAGUGCUGUGUUGCCACAAUUUUGCCAAUGUCACGUUGUGGAUAGUUUUACAUCUCAGAGAUUUAUAAGAGGCUCAAAAGUAUCCGUCAAGCGCAUAAUAAUAUAUAUAUAAUCAUUGUAUAUCAUUGUAAUCAUGAACGUGCCUCACUUUAUUAUGUUAAUUGACAACUAUCAGAAACCAUAGAUUAUACACUUAUAUAGUCAGAAACUAUUUGACAUUUAGUAACUAAACAGUGAACCGUCAAAAUUCAAUUUCUUUCGCAACAUUGAAGUGUUUAUGUUUGUUAAUUUAUCGAUGCAGGAUGUUUUAAUUAUUCAUAAUAUAUUGAAUCAUAAAAAGCUAAAUAGGACUUUUUAUAUUGAGAAUCACGCAAUUAAAGCUAGAGGUAUGACUGAGGAGUCGUCUAACGAUGCAUCCGUCGUCGCUAUCAUAUCUGAUGAGGAAGAUGACUCUUAUUCAGAUAAACCAAUUAUUAAACUAUUUAAACGUCUUAUAGCUAAUGAUAGCAAACAAAACACGAUACUAACUAACAAUCAAAUUCUCGACUUACUAAAAUUGGAGUUCGAUAUCGAUAUAUUAGUAUUACACAGCUUAGAGGUUGACAUUUAUAUAACACUGAUGAAGAGGUUCUUAAAGGACUGGCCCCAAUGGGAAGACUUUGACAAUAAAGUGAAUGAAGCCAAGAAAAAAAAUGAGAUCAAUGCGUUAAAAAAUAUGCUACAGGAAAAACAUGACAAUCUUAAAGAGUAUUUACGAUCUGUUAUUGAUAUAGCAAAGCCUCGGGCGAAAGAAGCAGUACUUAAAGCAAAAGAACACAUCAAGAACAACACUGAAAUGCCCAAAAAUGAUGGAAGCGACAAUACAAAUGCAGAGGCUAUCUUAGAAGUGGAUGCGUCACGCUGGCAACUUGACCAUCUGUUUUUACGAUUGCCAGUAGCAGGCUCAAUUUUCAAUGUUGAUCCGCAGCCUCCAUACUCAAAAAUCACAGUGAAUAAUUUUAAAACAGAAGCCAUGUUGAAUUGGUGGAAUAUGAAUAUAGAAAUACGGUUACGAAAUAAAGGUCCCAAUUUAUUGUACAGGAGAGAAAUGAUUCACGAAUUAAGGCAUACAUUGGUGAAUAAAAUAUUACCAAACCAAAAUAACCCAUGCAUCAAACUCGACCAAGAGUUGCAAGUUAAAAUGAAGUUAAAAAGUCGACCAACUGAGAGUCCCAGAUUAAUUGAUUUUAUAGAUAAGAUAGCUUCUAUGUAUCCUGUGAAAAACUGUGACAUAAAUGAGGUGUUUGAAUUUGUUAAAAAAGAUUUAUUUUUGAUGCCCCAGAAGGUGUUUACUGCUGCGCUUUAUAAAAGAUAUUUAAACGAAUACAGUUACGUCCGUUACCAUUAUGUAAUGGAUGAUAAUGGAAAUCUGCAAGACAAAUACGAUAUACAAUUAGAAGAGAUCGUUUUGCCGAUGGUCAAGUUCAAUAUUGCUGCAUUCGACGUGAAGGAUGUUGUCCUUGACGCGACGAGUUUGAUCGUGGAAUGUUCUACCUGUAAGGAGUCAUUCACAGGGGCAAAACUUUUGACAGAAUUGAGGGAACAUUUUGGAGCGCAUCCACCUGAAAAACCGUGGUUAUGUACGAACUGUGGUUUAGAGUUUCCGAUGUUGCUGCUGGCGGAGAGGUGGUGGUCGCAUCGGUGCCAAUGAAUUUAUAACUUCUAAUUUUAAUUUUUCAUAUGUGCGACGAUGUACUGUUGACUCUGAGUAUUUUCUAUGGAUGAUGAUGCUAUGUGAUGGAUAGUUUUACAUUGUACUUAGGGACUCGGCCUGGCAUGGAUGUAGUCACCAACCUGGGUCCGGUUUGGAAUCUCUUAUUGUACUAUUAACUCUGUGAGUAUAUUCAAUGAUUCUGCUAGAUAAUUUUAUGCAAAUAUUAACUGUAACCUAUGGCAUAACUCGCGUGAUACCCAGGUAGACGUCUCUGUACCAAAUUUUAUAUAGAUAUUUUAAACUGUUUCCGUGUGACAGAGUAACAAACUAAGGAUGUUUAUAUUUUUCGAACAGCAUUCCAGAUGAUUGUAAAUGCUACUAUGUGUUUAUGUAAAUCUUUUCAAAAUUUUUCUUCUUGUUUCAUUAUGAAUUAAAUUGUUUAGCAUGGUUAACUUAAUUUGUACAUAUCAUUGCAUGUGACAUAAUCUACAUUCAAAUAGGAAUAAUUUUGUGCUCAAGUGUAAAUAAAUAAAUUUAAGUAUA